AUGAAACACAACAGCCACAUUUCAGUGUCAGCCAAAACAGACUCCGAGGUAAGCAGCCAAACCCAAUCCUCCCCGACAAGAUCACCCCGACGCCCCGUCUACUACGUCAUAAGCCCAUCACGCGACUCAUCCAACGACGAGAAAACUUCUAACUCCUUCAAUUCAAGCCCGCUUCAAAGCCCAUUAGCCUCUCCUCCUCAUUCUCAUUCCAACUCCUCCUUAGGCCCUCAUUCCCGUGAAUCUUCCUCCACCAGAUUCUCCGCCUCUCGCAAGAGUAGCAAUGCUUCACAUAACCGGAGAUGGCGACCGUGGAAGGAUCAUUUCUAUCCCAUCGAAGAGGAAGGUCUUCUCGAUGAUCACGACGAUGAUUAUCACGGCUUCCCUCGGCGAUGCUUCUUUCCGGCUUUUGUUCUUUGCUUUAUGGUUCUCUUCUCCGUUUUCGCUAUCGUUCUUUGGGCUGCAAGUCGCCCUCAAAAACCCGUCAUUUUCCUCAAGAGUGUAACAUUUGAUAGAUUUGUUAUUCAAGCGGGUGCGGAUGUCUCCGGAGUUGCAACAAGCAUGGUGUCAAUGAAUUCAACUGUGAAAAUGACAUAUAGAAACACAGCAACAUUUUUUGGAGUCCAUGUUACAUCAACUCCAUUAGAUCUCAAUUACUAUGCGCUUACACUAGCCACUGGAAAUAUUCCUAAGUUUUACCAAUCAAGAAAAAGUGGGAGAUCUAUUCAUGUGAUGGUGCAAGGAAACCAUGUUCCACUCUAUGGAGGUGGAGCAAGACUAAACAGCAUGAACGGUUCACCGGUUGAACCGGUUUUCUUGACAUUGAGUGUGACAAUAAGGUCAAAGGCUUAUGUAUUGGGGCAAUUGGUGAAACCUAAGUUCAACAAGAAAAUAGAGUGUGGUUUGAUUAUGGAUCCGAAGAAAAUGGGUGUGCCCAUUCCACUUACCAACAAGUGCACGUAUGAGUUAUAG